GCGUGGAGGGAAACGUGUCACAAGCCUGGCUGUGGGAGCUCUGCGGCCGCCGCGUUUGUUGACUCGCGCCUGAGAGGAAUAGAGGCUGGACCCGAACAGCGGAGGGCACAGCUGGCGGGAGAGAGGUAGGGAGGAAAAGCUGAGCAGAGCGCAGCAUCGAGAACCAUCCAGUUCGCUCGUUUCUCUCCGAAUUGCAUCCUGGACCCUGGGUGCAGUGGUUUCCAAAGAAACCCCUGUGAGGUGUUGGCUAAAGUUGUGGUUUUAAAAACAAGUGUGAGCACCAGAAGGCAGCCCUGGGAGAAGAAGGCCUAUCUGUGGGCAGCCGGAACUUCCUGGUCCAGAGGAGAAGCUAUUCCCCCACCUGGACUUAUGACCCGUGGCUUCGCUCCCAGCCUGCCCACUGAGUUCCACAAGAUGGGCUCCUUCCGCAGGCCUAGACCGCGCUUCAUGAGCUCCCCAGUGCUCAGCGACCUACCCCGAUUCCAAGCUACCCGGCAGGCUCUGCAGCUGAGCUCCAACUCGGCUUGGAACAGCGUCCAGACUGCAGUGAUCAAUGUCUUUAAAGGCGGCGGCUUGCAAAGCAAUGAGCUCUAUGCGCUGAACGAAAACAUCAGGCGGCUGCUAAAGAGUGAACUUGGAUCAUUCAUUACAGACUAUUUCCAGAACCAGCUUCUUGCAAAAGGCCUGUUCUUUGUGGAGGAGAAGAUCAAGCUGUGUGAAGGUGAAAAUCUCAUUGAGGUUCUGGCUGAAGUCUGGGACCACUUCUUCACUGAGACUCUCCCCACCCUGCAGGCAAUAUUUUAUCCAGUUCAGGGCCAGGAACUGACCAUCCGCCAGAUCUCCCUGCUGGGCUUCCGAGACCUGGUUCUGCUGAAGGCGAAGCUGGGCGACUUGUUGCUGCUGGCCCAGUCCAAGCUGCCCUCGUCCAUUGUCCAGAUGCUCCUCAUCCUGCAGAGUGUUCAUGAGCCCACAGGCCCAAGUGAGGGUUAUUUGCAGCUGGAGGAGCUGGUGAAGCAAGUGGUUUCUCCUUUCCUCGGCAUCAGCGAGGACCGCGUCUCCUCAGGCCCCACGUACACACUGGCCAGGAGGCACUCCAGGGCCCGACCCAAGGUGACUCUUCUGAACUAUGCUUCCCCGAUGACCACGGUCAGCCGGCCCCUGAAUGAGAUGGCCCUGACCCCGCUGACUGAGCAAGAGGGGGAGGCCUAUCUAGAGAAGUGUGGCAGCGUCCGGCGGCACACCGUGGCCAAUGCCCACUCGGACAUCCAGCUGCUGGCCAUGGCCACCAUGAUGCACUCGGGCCUAGGCGAGGAGGCUGGCAGUGAGGACAAGUGCCUGCUCCUGCCGCCCAGCUUCGCCCCGCCCCACCGGCAGUGCUCCAGUGAGCCCAACAUCACCGACAGUCCCGAUGAACUGGAGGUGGUGGGAGGGGGCAGCCAGGAGGACUCAGAGCUGGACUGUGCUUCCCUCGGCUGAAUCACCCCCUCCAGGGUUUCCCAGUUCCUGCUUGGAAACCAGGAUGAGCAUGGCUCCAACCCCAUGGAUCACCAAGGGGCACUUUCUUUGGACAAUGUUGCCUCAUUUCUUUUAGGGUAGUGACCUAGUCUAAAUGCCCUGAGGGAAAUAUCUGUUGUGAGUGACUGUCUCUUUGCAGCCACAGAAGACCCAAUUGCCAAAUGUUCACCUUGUGGCUUCCAGCCUUGCCUGCUGACUCAAAUCCUCAUCUCUGGAUUUUUUCCUGAAUAUUGGCCUGUCAGAUGCUCCUGAUGAUAUUUCCCAAUGCCCCUGGCCUUAACUAUAGCAGGAGGUUGUCUGGACACACACAAAACCGUCAAGGAUAUGCUGACUUUUGUAGUUCCUUUAGAUUCUUUGUGAUUCAGAGGCUUAUGGGUAAAAAGUUUAUUUUGUGUAAAGUAAAAGUAGACUGUAGCCCAUACAAAGCAUGACUUGGGAAUGUGCCUUCCUUAUUUUAGUUUCAGAAUUACAGGGAAAGAGUUGUCCUGGUGAUGGAUCAAGAUCCAUCCAACACUGCCUACACAAAAGCCUUUGGCUUGUGGUCUAGGAAGACACUGAGGCUGGGAAGUUUUGUCUUUCAUUACGCCUCAGUGCUUUCCUUUGAAGCUUCCUCUUAAACUCAAGGCACUAACUGCCAGGGGAGCUGGUGCCUUAAUCCUUUUCUGAUUUCAGAAACUGACAGUUUGCCUGUUUUGGGCAUGAGGUGCUGGCUGAUACCAACCAACUAAUCUGUUCUGGAUUUGACUUGAAUUUCUAAAAUAUGUAUAGUUUUAAAAAAAUUAUUUGCAAAUAUUUGCACGUAGGAUCUUGCACUGUUCAUUUCUAAUAGGGUGUGUCUUUGAACUAAAAAACAAGCAGUCACCUGAGAAAGGAGCUUGGAAGUGGUUCAAGACAAAGUGAUCAGUGGCAGGUAGGGCUCAUAGGCUGCAGAACUCUGGAAGCAGCUGGUCCUGAAUCCAGAAUGGCUUGUGUUUGGGAGUGUCACAGAUUAUAAGAAAAGCUGCAUUGGGCUAGGGAGACUCAGCUUGCCCAUGAACAGAGGAUUGUAGCAAAUGGAAUAUGUCCAUUUUUUACAGUGGGCUGUGAUGGGAGAAGGUGUGAGUGUGACUUUGAGAGGGAUAUUCAUUUGUGGUGAUUAAAGAAGUGCCCAGAAGUGCCUAAAAUUUCUAACAUGUGAGGCCUCCAAAUGUUAUUUAGGGCAGCAGGCUUUGCUACUACUGUACUGUGUCCUUAGCAUUGCUCCCUCCAGGUCUGGGGUUUUUAACCACUUUGAAUCCUUGUCCUCUUUUUGUAUUUGCCCAUUGGCCCCAGUGAUAGCAAAUCCAGACAAAGAGAAACCCCACCCCCAACUCCAUCUUCUGGUAUCUUCUUGGGAUCCUCUGUUAGUCUUUGGAAACCACUGUUUAUGAAAUUUCAAAGAUGUGAGGCAGCUUGGCUUCCAGUGUGGCAGGAGGAAACAAUCAGUUUAAGCCUCCAGCACGGGAAUAAGAGGCCUUCUAAACUCAUCUAAGCCUUGACAGCAUAACAUUUCCCUUCUGGGCGAAGAUCUGAAUAUGACCAUAGCUAUGCUUUUGAUGGCUUGUAAUUUGGAAUUUUUGUUUAAAAAGUGGCUCCCGGCUAAGAGAGUGAUAGAAGAGAAAUAUCCAAGGGAAAUCUUAUGACAGUUUCAAACAAAAAAUAAUUUGUGUAUGUGUUAGAUAAAGUCCACAGAUUGAGUGACAUGCAUUAGCAAAUGGAACAUCAGUAGGUAACAAAAUGAUGGUUUCUGUAACUAGUGGCUUCUGUCCUUAUUAGUACAUGUAGCACAUGAGACAAGUAUUUAUUGAUUCAGGCAAUGUAAUUAGUCAUGCUUUGGAUUGCUCUUUCUUAGUUUACAAAGUUGUGCAUUAAAAAAAAAAAAACAACAACACCUUUUCCAUAUCCCAAGUGCUCCUUCACCCCCCAUGUGGAUGGCAGUCAUUGGUAAAAUAUAUAAGCUCUUAGGUUGAGAAUGGGAAUGGCAGUGCAGACCCAGUGUACUUAACUGCUGAUGACUGUUGGCCAGUUUACAACUUUACCUUUAAUGUACAUAUUUGAUAUUUAUACAGUAAAUAUUUCAAACAGUACAUAUAAAACUUUGUUGAUGUUUAUGGGCACUUGCGCCAUCAGAGCUAUUGCAAGAGUGAUAGCUAUAGUGUUUUUAACCACUUUUUCUCCCAUUAGUGAGAUGAAGAGUCAUUCCCAUUAUUUAUGCUAGCGUUUUCCUGUGGCUGAGGUUUAAUGACAGGAAGCAAUCACGAUCUAAACCUUGAGUGAGCUGUCAAACAAAAAGCCUUUCAUGUUGCUUGUUUCCCAAAUGGAUUAAAUAAACAUCAUUUUGUACAUGUUGC